CUUCCCCACAUCAUCUGGCACCAAAGAUAUCAUCAAAGCCGAUUUCUUCAACUUCGGCACCUGAAUGAAGAUCAAUAUUAUCAAUUUAGGGUUCGCUUUUCCAGGGCACAGUGGUCCUUCACUACUCAAGUGUGAUAUAACAAACAACCAUAUUUCUAUCUCAAGGUCCGAUUCCAAAAUGAUGGAGUCAGCGUGAUACACAAAUUUCAGGCAACCUCGUGGACCAUAAACUCUAUUAUAUAAACUCAACCCAAUCAAACCCAUAAAAAGAACGAACAAACAAACAAUCCGACACCCAGAGGGUUCCAGAAUUGCUUGGACUUUCACAGUAGAGAGAGUGAGAGAUGAUGCCGGCGGUGAAAGCUUUUCCGUUCACCGUGAUCAGUCACGGGCUCGCAGUGGUGGCGCUCAUCAUGGUGCUCAUUUGGACCUUUCAUUUCAAUUUAUCCAACUCGGUUCAUCCUGUUUUUAUGCUAUUCGGAUUGAUCAUCAUACGAGGCGAAGCAAUAAUCAGUUACAAAUCACUGCCGUUCAUAAAAGAAGUAAAGAUGGUGAUCCAUCUGGCACUAAACGGCGUCGCAUUGGUUCUAGGCAUUGUGGGAAUCAGCGCUGCAUUCAAGGACCAUAACGAGAGUGGGAUCGCUAAUCUUUACAGCUUACAUUCCUGGAUUGGAAUUGGCGUAAUUGUCCUCUACGGUAUCCAGUGGUUGUACGGAUUCGUGUCAUUUUUCUACCCCGGAGGCUCCGCCGAUCUUCGAAGAGCGACGCUGCCAUGGCACGCACUGUUGGGCGCGUGUGUGUACGUAUUGGCCGCCGCCAACUCGGCGCUUGGCUUCCUUGAGAAGCUGACGUUUCUGCAGAGCUCCGGCGUCGCCAAAUACGGCACUGAGGCCUUGCUCGUCAACUUCACCGCCAUCACCACCGUCGUUUUUGCAGUGUUUGUGAUUUUGUCUGUCACUUCACAGCCCUCCUCCGACCAACACCACGACGAUUAUAGAAUCCAUUCAGCUAAAUGAUGCGUGACCGUGACCGUGUCCAUGGCUAUUAUAGUAUUGAUGACCAUAAAAAUUAAACAUUUCCAAUU